AUGCGAAUGAGAAAUGCCAGCGGCAUUGGUCUUCUCAUGGGGCAAUUCUCGCUUCUCAAAACGGAAAUUGACUCAGAGUUCACCACGGAUGACCGCUUGCGUGAUGCUGUGUUUAGGGGUGUACUCAUGUUGAAGGUUCUCUUGCAAAGGGUGGCACAUGAAAGCACAGAACAUGAGCUUGAGGAGGGUGUUCUUAUGGCAGUUGACAAGGAAAUUGUUCAGUCUCAAUCUGAGAUGGCAAAUUUCCACCAGACGCCUGAGUAUGUUAUCGAGCAGCUUCUCGAAAUACUCGACGGGUUAUUGCCAGAUUAUGGCGCCUAUUCAAGGAGGACAAUUAAUCACCAUGGACGACCCUCGUGCUUGGUGCGUUAUUGGCUGCCGCUAUCAGUGGCGGUGCUGUCGACGAGCACUUUCCUGAGAUUGUUAAGCAGUCGGCAGCAUGAGCUCAUUGGAUGGAUUUCCAACAUCGGAUCAACUGCUUGUGAAUUCUGGGGCAAUUGGGUUGUUGAGCCCACGCGGAGACUCGUCGGGACUAUUCGACAUGACGAAAAGAGCGAGAUCGCACUAAUGAGUAAGAAUAGCCUCGAGGCGGAUAGGGCCAGCUUAGAGCGGAUGGUGCUUGAUUUUGUCCUCGAUCGACCUGAAUCUGAAAAAGACCCUGCUGCGAAGCAGAUUGACGCACUCACCGCGAGAAUUCGAGAAGGCGAUCUGACCCCAGUGCUACGAGCAUACGAAAAAGAUCUGCGGAAGCCCUUCAUUGGAACUGUACGUGGUGAUUUAGUACGUGCUCUUCUGAUCCAGAUUCAGAAAACGAAGGUCGAUGUUGAAAUAGCGAUUGGUGGAAUCGAUUCAUUGCUGAAAAGCCAGGAGCUUGUUUUUGGUUUUGUGAGCCUCACCCCAGGGAUCAUGGUCACAUACGCGUUUCUGAGAUGGGCAUUUGGCGUCUUCGGCAAUCGUAAGGGCUUGCAAGUAGGAAGGCGAAAACAUGAGCUGAGACAUGCUUUGCGGGAUGUCGACCGUACGUUGACGCUGUCAACACCUACCGAUAGCGGUGUUCUGACCUAUAAGGAUCAUGGUCUUUUGGUCUGUGGUGCAGAGAUUCUCCUACAAAAAGCAGCAACAGUUCUGACCGGAGCUGAUCUCCGCGAGUUUCAAGAAGACAUUGGCGACCUGCUAAAUAUACAUAUUGGAGUACAGAGGCAAACCCAGGUUAUCAAGCUGUUGUUGAUCGGGGACUCGGGCGUGGGGAAGUCAUGCUGUCUUUUGCGAUUCAGCGAGGACUCGUUCACCCCCUCAUUCAUCACUACGAUUGGAAUCGACUUUAAGAUACGCACAAUUGAACUGGACGGCAAACGUGUGAAGCUUCAGAUAUGGGAUACCGCUGGUCAGGAGCGAUUUCGAACCAUCACAACAGCGUACUACAGAGGCGCAAUGGGGAUACUUCUCGUAUAUGAUGUCACGGAUGAACGCUCAUUUCAAAAUAUACGUACAUGGUUCUCAAAUGUUGAGCAACAUGCAAGCGAAGGCGUACACAAAAUCCUCAUUGGUAACAAAUGUGACUGGGAGGAAAAGCGAGCCGUCUCCACAGAACAAGGCAAACAACUCGCUGAUGAGCUAGGCAUCCCAUUCCUUGAGGUGUCCGCCAAGAACAAUAUCAACAUUGAGAAAGCAUUCUACAGCCUCGCCUCUGCCAUCAAAAAGGGCAUGGAUACAUCGAAGUCUGAACAAGUGGGGUCACAGGGGGUCAAUAUAGACCAUCAGGGAUCGGGGACGUCUGGGAAUCGCCUCACGAGAUACGGCCCCCUUCCGUCAUCGGACAAAUGCCACUGGGGGUGGGCUUUAGAAUUACCUCUUUCGAGAUGCGAACUUGUCGCUGUUGGUCUGACUUUCGAUCUGGAGCUUAAGGGACAGCGAAGAAGUUUCAAAGUGUCCGAUAUAAAGACGGCGGCUAGAAAUUCAGCCAACACCCUAUUUCGCUUUACGGACAGCUCGAAAAUAUUUAUCGGCGAUGAAUUUGAUGACGCCCCAGAAGAGGCUCCGUCGGCAAUACAAGUAAAGUCUUCCGGUUUAGGUGGAAUGUCUCGCCAGAUCGACAGCAUCAAUGAGAGUCUCGCUGAUUUCAACCUGGGUUUGCAACAGUUCAGAAUGCCAUCUUUCUACGAACACAGUCGGGGUAUCAUACUAUAUGGACCUAAGGGGACGGGAAAAUCUGCCCUUCUGCACCGGAUACAAGCAGCAGGUUGGCGAAAGACGUUUAGUCUCGGUUCAUCCAUGUUUGGCCGAAACGCUGGCGAUGCGGAAGCUAAGGUUCGCAAUGUCUUUCAAGAGGCAGUACGCUGCCAGCCAAGUGCCAUCAUAAUUGAUCAGCUCGACUUCAUUGCUCCUAAACGAGCAUCACUAGAUUCUCAAUCUUUAACAUCAGUACUAUGUGAAUGUCUAGAUCUUGCGAAAAGUGCUCUUGUGCUGGUUGUGGCAGCAACUCGCCAUCCCAACGACGUUGAUGACACACUCAGGACACCCCACCGUCUAGCAAUCGAGAUCGAAAUGCAGGUACCCACUGCGCAAGACCGAGCUGAAAUCUUGCGGGCUAUUUGUGGAAGCCCAUUACACCAAUUGAACGAGGCGCUUAUAGACAUGAUUGCAGAGAAAACGCACGGCUAUGUCGGAGCUGAUUUGUUUGCGUUACUUCAGCUUGUAUGCCGCAAAGCGCGGCAGAGGCAAUUAUGUCAAUCUCGUUCCCCGACUAGGCUUCGCGACGUUACAUCAACACCUGACUCGGUCGCAGGUGAUGGGCAUAUCGCAAAGAACAUGGUCGUUGAUCUGGAUAUCGAGGAGUCGGAUGUUAUGUCAGCUCUGCAGGAAACUCGUCCUACCGCCAUGCGAGAAGUCUUCCUAGAAACACCAAAAGUCAGGUGGACAGAUAUUGGCGGGCAGCAUGAUAUUAAGAGGCGUCUCCAAAAGGCUGUAGAAAGACCUCUGAAAUUUCCUGAGCGGAUGAAAAGACUCAAUGUGAACAGUAAAAAAGGGAUACUUCUCUACGGGCCCCCGGGCUGCUCUAAAACGCUAACGGUGAAAGCACUUGCUACAGAAGCAGGUCUCAAUUUCUUGGCUGUCAAGGGUGCUGAAAUUUUGAGCAUGUAUGUCGGCGAGUCAGAACGAGCUUUGCGUGAAAUUUUUCGAAAGGCACGAUCUGCAAGGCCGAGUAUCAUAUUUUUCGAUGAAAUUGAUGCGAUCGCUUCACGGCGAAAUUCAUCUCAUGGAGGUGUCAAUGUGCUCACCACUCUACUAAAUGAAAUGGAUGGCAUCGAGGAACUGAAAAAUGUGUUGGUCAUUGCCGCGACAAACAAGCCUGACGUGAUUGAUCCAGCCCUGAUGCGCCCGGGUCGCCUGGAUAACAUCCUGUAUAUAGGCCCACCAGAUUUUGAGGCGCGAAAAGAGAUUCUGAACAUCUGGUUUCGCAAGUCUGUGGUCCAUCCCGAAGUGGACCUGGAGGAGUUAGCCAUAAGAACGGAAGGUUAUUCAGGGGCGGAAAUCGUGAGCAUUUGCGAAACUGCAGGUGACGCAGCAUUAGAUGAAGAAGAGGAGACUGGCCAAGAACAGGAAGUCAAGUUGAAACAUUUUGAGUAUGCGCUUGGGCAAGUGCAGAGACAAAUUACGCAUGCUGUCAUCAAAGAAUAUGAGCAAUGGGGAAGGUCUGCAGAAUCUUAG